GGUCAGGCGAACCGGGGCUAUUCCAUCAGUCCUCUAGUCUGCCGGCCCGCCGCCAGGCAGGUUGCCGGGCGCUAGCGCUGGCGCGGAUUUGCCCGGCUUCGCCUCAUCUCGCGCUGCACCUCACCAUGACGAGCUUUGAGCCUCGGCGGCCGCCGGGCUUCGAUGAACUGGCGGGGUCCGGCUCCCGCUCCGUGCUGCCGGCAUGGAAACGGGAGAUCCUGGAGAGGAAGCGAGCCAAGUUGGCGAGCCUGGGGGCCGGGCCCCGGGGCUUGGCCGGGGGGCCCGACGCUGGGGCUGGAGUUGAGGCUGCAGCAGGGACUGCGGCCAGCUCUGGGGGAGAGUGCACAGGGGAGACAGCUCCGGCGGCGGAGCGGCUGGUGCUGGCCGAUAGCUUGGGCCCCCUGAGAGAGAACCCCUUCAUACUGCUGGAGACGGAGCGCAAGCGGCAGCGGAGGGGGCGCAGCGCCGCGCCCGGGGCCUGGUCCUCGACGGGACGGCCAGUGCAGCACCUGCUGGAGCUGUACAGCCGGGUCCCAGGCAUCCGCACCAUUCGAGCCGACAACAUCCUCAUCAUCGAGUCCGAGCCCGGCUUCUUGCCUGGCCAACGGCCCUACGAGGUGAGCACCACUGGCCCGAGCCCAGGCCCGGACCCAGUGCAGCAGCUGCUGUCCCAGCGUGGCUGCUCCGUGGCGGAGAUCCGGGCCGCAGAGGUGGUGAUCUAUGAGACGCCCCGGGCAGCCGCGGAGGCAGCCGCACAGCCCGGCAGGGUCAGCCGUCUGUUGGAGAAGUUCGAUCCCCCGCUAGCUAGCGGCGAGCCCCGGUCCCGGGCCUCAUCCCCGCCUCGGCGUCGCGGGAGCCCUGAACGGAGCCAGCCUCUGGUGCCAAAGCCUUCUGCCGUCCAGCAGCAGAGCUCUGCGACCUCCCCCUCUCUGCCUAGCCCCGGACCCCGUACUCCCAGCGUUGGAGAGAGAGCCGCCUGGUUCCAGAGGGAGCAGGAAUCGGCAGCUGCCCCAUCCCGGCUCAGUGACUUCCUCCAGAAAACGGGCAGCAACUCUUUCACUGUCCACCCCCGGGGUCUGACCAGAGGAGGCCGGACAGUACCAAAUGGGCCUGCCAUCGAGGCCACCCCGGUGCCCCGUCUGGGUCCUGCCAAUGGCCUCCCUGCAGUGGGUGGGCCUGUGCCAUCCUCUUCCAGUACUUCCAAAGGCACCGACAAUCGGAAGCCAAAUGCUGAGGAGGAGGCACCUAUCCUUCACCCUUCCCCUGGCCCUUGCCCGAUGGGCAAUGCCAGUGGGGGACCCAGUGCCACUCCAGCUGCCCCUUCCACAUUUCCCAAACACAGCCUGGCCAGUGCCACUCCCAGUCAGCGAAGGUGGGUUUUUGCAGCCACUAGCACCAAUGACUCUUUUGAGAUCAGACCUGCCCCAAAGCCAGAUAUGGAGACCAUCCCUGAUGAGGACAUCCAGGCUAAGGCCUUGGCCAACCUCCGGAUGAAUUCCAAAAACUCUUUUGUCAUCAUCCCCAAGCCCAGGGUAGAAGUGCUAGGCUCCAGGGCUGGCCAUCCCGUGGGGAGCAAAGCCUUUGAGCAGCCAAAGGGAAAGGCCAGUGUUUCUUCUCAGUCUGGCCACUUGACCCAUGUACCUCUGGAAAAUGGGGGUCAGCACUCACAGGAAGUUGUACCUGCCUACAGGAAUCACUUGGGGGGUGAUGCUCUGCAGGCAGCUGAGGAAGGAGAUCCUCAGAAACAAAUAGCCACAGCUCUCUCAGAGGUGAACCACAAAUGGCAGGGGAAGGUAUUGACGGCCCCGUCUAUAGAGAGACCUUCCAAACAAGAGCCUUGUGGAGGCUUUGAGAUUUCUGACACAUCUCUCAGUUCCUCAGUUACCCAGACUCCUGAAGACACAGGUAGACCAGGGCUUCCUGUUACUUAUAUUGAUGAAGUAGAUUCGGAUGAUGAAUCCUACCAAGAGGCCAAACCAGCUUUCAGUUUCCCUGAUGCUCCUCAUUAUCGACCUCAUCCCUCUCUGCCUAAUAGCAAAUCUGAAGUUCACUACCUGAGCAACAAUACAUUCACAGUGGUGCCUAAAAGGAAACCAGCUGCCCCUGAGGCAAGCUUCAGCCCACCAAAUGGGGAACUGUAUACUGAGGAAGAGGAGGAGGAAGACCAAUGGAAAGGGAAAGCUCUUGAAGAUCCUGAAGCAUCCAAUGAGAAUGUGGGGAUGUUACUCAAGAAACGUUACCCCACUGUCCAUGAAAUUGAAGUGAUUGGGGGCUACUUGUCUCUGAAGAAGUCCUGUUUAACCAAGAUUGGGUCCUCAAGGAAAAAGAUGAAGAUUUCCUUCAAUGAGAAAAGCCUGCAGACCACAUUUGAAUACCCCUCCGAGAGUUCAUGGGUACAGGAAGAAGCAGCAGAGGAGGAAGAACAGGGGACAUCUGGCUCUGAAGAGGAUGAGGAGGAGAAACCCUUUGCUGUCUUCCUUCCUCGGGCAACUUUUGUAAACAGCACUGUAGUGGAGAGUACCACUCAACCUCCCGAAUCCAGCUCAGGUCUGUCCAGUUAUACCCCAAAACACUCAGUGGAGUUCAGCAAAUGGCAGGAGCAGAAGUAUGAUGCAGGACCAUGUGAAGCUGGGGCUAGCCCUCAGAAAGAAGUCAUGCUUACCCCAGCCAGCAAGAAUGACCUCUCAGACUUCCGAAGUGAGCCAGCCCUCUAUUUCUGAUCUCCCAGCACCUUGGACUGAGAAGUGGACAAACCAAUAGCACUUCAUUUUGUUGGGCCUGAUCUUGGCUGAGUGGGACUAGAAAUUCUCCAGAUAUUAGCCUGCCAUUUCCCCUCUCCCCCCAGGACCAUGGUGCUUGGGAUACUUGGUAAAGUCAUGGGCAGCUGGUGCCACAAUUCUCCAGUGCUGUGGUUGGGGAGCUCAGCCACCAGGGUCAUAGCUCUAGCUGCUGCUGGUUUCCCUCGCCCACUUCCCCUCUCUUCAUCUGGCUUGGUUCUGCCCAGAGAUGAAGUACUCAGGAUCUGUGCCUACAGCAUUUCCAGAGCUGUAUGACUUUACUCCUCUGCAGGGCCUCAGCCCUAAGAAGCUCCAUUGCCACCUUAUCUUUGGGGAAUGCUGGGGCUUGGCCAUGCUUUUUGUUCCACUACUGAGGCCUAACAGGGCAGCCCCUCCCUGUUGACUUGCAUUCUACUUCUGUUUCUGCCGCAAGGCUUCCUCCAGUCCUCGGGGUAUAACCCAAGCCUGGGAGUGGAGCAGCUUUGUCUUUUCUUGGUAGCACUGAUAUUGGUGGGAUUGGUGGUAUUCCUGUCCUCUGCUUUCCUACCCUUAUGCCUACUCCCAGUGCUUCUCCACAUCCCUUGCCUCCUCAUCCCACUGUUGGCCCAUCCUUGUUUAGUCAGGCUUUGUUCUGCUGAGGGGGGAAACACCCUUCUGGGAGGGUGAAGGUUGACACAGGAAAGGAGGCCAUAACUGCACCUAAAAGGGCCUUCUUUUUCCUUUGCCUAAGGAAAGAAGCACAGGCCUUUUAGCAGAAGCCUAGGCCCAAAGCCAGCUUAGGGUGUUUACUCUCCAUUUGCAGCUGCCUUUUGUGCCAGGCUCUGGUUUAGCUACCUGUCUCCUUCUGUUUGUUUUAGUAGGGCAGCCCUUUUCCUGCUCUGAAUUUACUACUGAGGCUAGCAAUGCCUAGUUGGCUUAAAAGCACUCCAUGUCUGCACUGGAUAUCAGGAUUUUAUGUGAAGGGGUAGAGUGGGUGUGCAUGUGUGAAAAGAGUGAAUUUAACCAGACCUGGCCUAGCCAGAAAGCAGGGGUUCAGUCUUUCCGCCCUGCCCUGCCCUCUGCCUUGUCCCCUCUCUGGGGUCCUAGGGGCUUAUGACUCCACAGGUGGUUCUUCCCCUUCAUUCAACCAGUCAGUACUUAUACACAUGGUUAAAAUUAGCACAGUUCACUUUGUAAUUAACCAGAAUGAUUCCUUUGUCUGAUAAAUGGGACUCAAUAAACAGCACUAGAGAAACUCUGC